AAACAGAGCCACCAAAUUUCUUCAGCCUAUCAAAACCAUACUCUCUGUAUGAAGCUGCACCACACUUUAGUUGCAACAACUUUAUCUCUUCAAAUUUCCAAUACCCAAAAAUCCACACUCCAAAUUUCAGUGGCUCUGCUUCAUCGUUACGUUCAAUUUAUGCUCAAAAAAUCCCCUUCCCCCCCUCUCUUGUGCUGCGCUUGCCUCGAACGCAGGUUCAGGGCAGAUCUUGUUUUGUUGGUAAAUUCAAGCUUGUUCUUCACUGUAUUGGAGUAACAGCUAAAAGAAGUUCAAUAAAUCAUGUCACACAAGGCACUCGACUACGAGUCGAUUAACGAAAAUGUGAAAAGGACUCAGUAUGCUGUCAGAGGAGAACUAUACCUGCGAGCUUCUGAGCUUCAGAAGGAAGGGAAAAAGAUCAUUUUCACUAAUGUUGGGAAUCCUCAUGCUCUUGGACAGAAGCCAUUGACUUUUCCACGUCAGGUUGUUGCUCUUUGCCAAGCUCCCUUUCUGUUAGAAGAUCCUAAUGUAGGAUUAAUGUUUCCCGCCGACGCCAUUGCUAGAGCCAAACAUUACCUCUCGCUGAUUCCGGGAGGCCUAGGUGCUUACAGCGAUUCCCGAGGAAUUCCUGCAAUUAGAAAGGAAGUAGCGGAGUUUAUAGGAAGGCGAGAUGGCUAUCCAAGCGAUCCCGAACUCAUAUACCUCACGGACGGUGCUAGUAAAGGUGUAAUGCAGAUAUUGAAUACUAUUAUCCGUGGCGAAGGGGACGGGAUUCUAGUCCCAGUUCCUCAAUACCCUCUUUACUCGGCUGCCAUUGCGUUGCUUGGGGGCUCUCUUGUUCCAUACUACCUAGAAGAGACUGCAAAUUGGGGUCUUGAUGUUAAUGAUCUUCGCCAGUCGGUUGCUCAAGCUCGCUCUAAAGGAAUUAAUGUAAGAGCAAUGGUGAUCAUAAAUCCUGGAAACCCCACCGGGCAAUGCCUUAGUGAAGCCAAUCUGAGAGAGAUACUCAACUUCUGCUUCCGAGAAAACUUGGUCUUGCUUGGAGAUGAGGUGUAUCAGCAAAACGUAUACCAAGAUGAACGCCCCUUCAUUAGUUCUAGAAAGGUACUACUCCAUAUGGGUCCACCCAUCAGCAAGGAACUGCAGCUUAUAUCGUUCCACACCGUGUCAAAAGGAUACUGGGGAGAAUGUGGACAACGUGGCGGAUACUUCGAGAUGACCAACAUUCCUCCAAAGACAGUCGAUGAAAUAUACAAGGUUGCUUCUAUAUCACUUAGCCCGAACGUCCCGGCUCAGAUAUUCAUGGGGUUGAUGGUUAACCCACCAAAGCCAGGUGAUAUCUCAUAUGAUCAGUUCAUUAGAGAAAGCAAGGGGAUCCUCGAGUCACUGAGGAGAAGAGCUAGAAUAAUGACUGAUGGGUUCAAUAGCUGUAGGAAUGUGAUAUGCAACUUCACUGAAGGUGCUAUGUAUUCGUUCCCACAAAUACGCCUCCCACCAAGAGCUAUUGAGGCUGCCAAAAAGUUGGGGAAAGUGCCUGAUGUUUACUACUGUCUUAAGCUCUUGGAAGCCACUGGAAUCUCCACUGUUCCUGGUUCAGGCUUUGGGCAGAAAGAAGGGGUGUUCCAUUUGAGGACAACCAUUUUACCAGCUGAGGAAGACAUGCCUGGAAUCAUGGAAAGUUUCAAGAAGUUCAACGAUGCAUUCAUGGAGGAAUAUGAAGAUCAUAGGGGCUAUUCAAGAAUGUGAUCGAACGGAUCGGGGGCAGCUUCCGAGUAGCGUUCCGAAUUCAUGAUAUACUCUUCCAUUACUGUAAAGCUUUUGCAAGCGUACAUAUUUAUCCUUAUCGUAAGAACUUAAAUGUUCUAUUGGAUUGAAUGAUCAUAUUUUACUCUUGUUCUUCAAAAAAAUUAUUGGAUUGCACUUUGUAAGCGA